GAGCGUUCGGGCAGGUGCGCAAAGGUGCAGGACACGAGUGCGGCUCGGUGAGCUCUGCAGGACCAGGCACCGGCAAUGAACGGCCUCGCCUCUCCUCUUGACAUCCCUGCCAGUGGAGGCAUCGAGCUGGCCGGCGUCCCCAGGACCAUGAAGCCCGGGCCAGAGCCCGGCACCGGCUCUGCAGAGGCCAGGAGCAUCGCCGGGGUGUAUGUGGAGGCCUCGGGCCAGGUGCAGAGCGUCUACGCUGCCAUGAAGCAGGGCCUGCUGGCUGCUGGGCUUGGGCUAGCUCUGCUGGAGGCACAGGCGGCCACAGGGGGCCUGGUGGACCCCAGCAGGGGCCAGCUGCUCCCCGUGUCCGAAGCCCUCCGGCAGGGCCUGGUGGGGCUGGAGCUGAAGGAGAGGCUGCUGGCCGCGGAGCGCGCGGUCACCGGCUAUCCUGACCCCUACGGGGGCGGGAAGCUGGCCCUCUUCCAGGCCAUUGGGAAGGAGGUUGUAGACAGGGCCCUGGGGUGGAGCUGGCUGGAUGCCCAGCUGGCCACAGGGGGCCUCGUAGACCCUGCUCGGGGCGUCCGAGUGGCCCCAGACCUAGCCUGCCAGCAGGGCCUCCUGGACCAGGAGACGUGGCGGGGCCUGGUGGAGCCAGAGCCGGAGCCGGAGCCGGGCACCGGCGCCCCAGGCUUCCUGGACCCCAACACCCUGGAGCGGCUGCCAUACGGCACACUGCUGAGCAGGUGUGUGCAGGCCGCUGGCUCGGGGCUGGCGCUGCUGCCCCUGAAGAUCACCUUCCACACGCUGGGCAGGGCAGUGAGUGCCAGCGAGCUGCUGGAGGCGGGGAUCCUGGACCAGGAGGCGGUCCAGGGCCUGCAGGAGGGCAGGCUGGCCGUGGGGGAGGUGGGCGCCCGGCCCGAGGUGAGGCGAUACCUGGAGGGCACCGGCGGUGUGGCGGGGGUCGUCCUGCUGCCCGCAGGCCACAAGAAGGGCUUCUUCCAGGCUGCCUCCGAGCACCUGCUCCCACUGGGCGCUGUGCUCCCACUCCUGGAGGCGCAGGCCGCCACCCGCACCCUGGUGGACCCCGCCACGGGCCGCCAGCUGUGGGUGGAGGAGGCGGUCAGGGCAGGCCUGGUCGGCCCGGAGCUCCACCACCGGCUCCUGGCAGCAGAGCAGGCGGUGACCGGCUACCACGACCCCUUCAGCGGCUCCCGAGUCUCUCUCUUCCAGGCCAUGCAGAAGGGGCUGGUGGACAGGCCGCUGGCUCUGCGCCUGCUGGACGCCCAGCUGGCCACGGGUGGGCUGGUGUGUCCGGCCCGCAGACUCCGGCUGCCCCUGGAGGCCGCCCUGCGCUGCGGCUGCCUGGACGAGGAGACGCGGUGGCGCCUCCCGCAGGCCGCUGGCUUCUCAGACCCCUGCACACACGACAGCCUGAGCUACGGGCAGCUGCUGGCCCGCUGCGUCACUGACCCCGAGACGGGACUGGCCUUCCUGCCCCUCUCGGGGGAGCCCCGUGGAGAAGAGCCCCCCGCCCGCCCGUUUCUCGAGCACCGCACGCGGCAGGCCCUGAGCACGGCCAGCACCGAGGUGUCCGCGGGGAAGCUCCGGGGCCGGCCCGUGUCCCUCUGGGAGCUGCUCUUCUCCGAGGCCGUCUCCACAGAGCAGAGGCUGUCGCUGGCCCAGCAGUACCAAGCAGGGGCCCUCUCCACGGAGGAGCUGGCGGCUGAGCUGAAGGCGGGUGCCGAGCAGGCCGCCGCCAGGGUCACCUUCGCCGGGCUGCGGGACGCCGUGACCCCGGGGGACCUGCUGACGGCCGAGAUCAUCAGCCGGGACCUGUAUGAGCAGCUGCAGCGAGGGCAGACCACGGCCCAGGCGGUGGGCAGCCUGGACUCGGUGCGGAGGUACCUGCAGGGCACCGGCUGCAUCGCUGGCCUGCUGCUGCCCGGCACCCAGGAGCGGCUCAGCAUCUACGAGGCCCGCGGCAGGGGGCUCCUCAGGCCGGGCACCGCCCUCGUCCUCCUGGAGGCACAGGCGGCCACCGGCUUCGUCAUCGAGCCGAAAGAAAACAAGAGGUACUCCGUGGAGGAGGCGCUGAGGGCCGGCGUCAUCGGGCCCGACGUGUUUGCCAAGCUGCUGUCGGCUGAGCGCGCCGUCACCGGCUACACCGACCCCUACACGGGCGAGCAGAUCUCGCUCUUCCAGGCCAUGCAGAAGGACCUGAUCGUGCGCGACCACGGCAUCCGGCUGCUGGAGGCGCAGAUCGCCACGGGCGGCGUCAUCGACCCGGUGCACAGCCACCGCCUGCCGGUGGGCGUGGCCUACGAGCGCGGCUACUUCGACGAGGAGAUGAACUCUGUCCUGCUGGACCCCGACGACGACACCAAGGGCUUCUUCGACCCCAACACGCACGAGAACCUCACCUACCUGCAGCUGCUGGAGCGCUGCGUGGAGGACCCCGAGACGGGCCUGCGCCUGCUGCCGCUGAGCGGCCGGCAGCCCCAGCUGGUGGACGGGGCCACCCGGCAGGCCCUCCAGAGCCUGCUGCUGCCCAUGAAGUACGGGCGCUUCCGGGGGCAGGCAGUGUCUGCCUGGGAGCUCGUCAACUCGGAGCUCUUCAGUGAGGCCCGGCGGCGGCAGCUGCUGCGGCAGUACCGGCUGCGCAGGCUCACGCUGGAGCAGGUGGCACGGCUGCUGGAGACCGAGGCGCGGCGCUGGGCGGGCGUCACUCUGCCUGCACUGCGGGGCCGGGUCCCCGCCCACCAGCUGCUGGAGGCCGGCGUCAUCGACCAGGAGCUCCUGGACCAGGUGCUGGAGGGGGCGGUCAGCCCCGAGGCCCUGCUCCGUGUGGACAGUGUGCGCAGGUGCCUGCAGGGCUCGGGCGUCGUGGGGGGCGUGCUGCUGCAGCCCUCUGGCCGGCACCUCAGCCUGUACCAGGCCAUGGAGCAGAAGCUCCUGGCGCCCAGUGUGGCCCUGCCCUUGCUGGAGGCCCAGGCGGCCAUCGGGGCCGUCAGGGACCCCUGCAGCCGGGAGAGCCUGUCGGUGGACGAGGCUGUGCGCAGGGGGGUGGUGGGGCCUGAGCUGUACGGCAGGCUGAGGUGGGCCGAGGACGCCGUCGCCGGCUUCAGGGACCCCUUCUCUGGCAAGCGGGUGUCCCUGUUCCAGGCCAUGAAGAAGGGCCUCGUCCCCGUGGAGCAGGCCACCCGCCUCCUGGAGGCCCAGGUGGCCACGGGGGGCGUCGUGGACCCCAGAGGCCACCACCACCUACCCCUGCCCGUGGCCGUCCAGCGCGGCUGCAUCGAUGAGGAGACCGGCACGGCCCUGUCUGGCUCUCCCGAGACCUUCCCCACCGCAGACGGCCAGGGCCGGACCAGCUACGCCCAGCUGCUGGGACAGUGCCUGCCGGACGAGGCCUCCGGCCUGCACCUGCUGCCGCUGCUGGAAGGUGCACCCGCCCUCCCCAGUGACGCGCAGCUGCAGGAGACCCUGCGGGCCACGCCAGGGACAGAGGACGGCCGCUCCCUCUGGGACCUCCUGAGCUCGUGCCACUUCACCGAGGAGCAGCGCAGGGCCCUGCUGGAGGACGUGCGGGUGGGGCGGACCCCCGUGCCGCAGCUGCAGGCCACCGUGCGCAGCUGGGUGCAGGGGGCAGAGCUCCUGGCCCACACCCACGUCGCGCUGCCUGGCCCACGGGGUGAGGUCCCUGCCGCCUGGCUGCGGGACGCCGAGGUCAUCACCCAGGAGACCCUGGAGGCGCUGGCACAGGGCACACAGUCACCCUCGGAGGUGGCCGAGCAGCCUGCCGUGCGGGCCUGCCUGUGGGGCACAGGCUGUGUGGCCGGCGUGCGGCUGCAGCCCUCAGGGGCCAAGUCCAGCAUCGCCCAGGCCGUGAGGGACGGGCUCCUGCCCCCGGGCCUGGGCCAGAGGCUGCUGGAGGCCCAGGUGGCAUCCGGCUCCCUCGUGGACCCCGGGACUAACCAGAGACUGUCGGUGGACAAUGCAGUGAGGGCCGGCCUCGUGGACAGGGAGAUGAGCGAGCGGCUCAGGCAGGCCGAGCAGGCUGUGGCUGGGUACGCGGACCCCUACUCCGGGGGCACCCUGUCCCUGUGGCAGGCCAUGGAGAAGGGGCUCGUGCCCCAGAGCGAGGGCCUCCCACUCCUGCAGGUGCAGCUGGCCACGGGGGGCGUGAUGGACACCGUCCACGGGGUGCACCUGCCCCUGGCAGGGGCCUGCAAACUGGGCCUCCUGGAUGAGCAGACGAACCGAGAACUGACUGCCACGGACGAGGGCAGCAAGUUCUUCUUUGACCCCAACACCCGGGCCGAGGUGACAUACCAGCAGCUCAAGGAGCGGUGCGAGCUGGAUGCUGACACCGGCCUGUGGCUGCUGCCACUCCCCCAGGCCACCACCCUGGAGGUGGACGAGCACACCGCUGUGGCACUGAGGGCCAUGAAGGUAGCCGUCAGCCUGGGGAGGUUCCAGGGGCACAGCGUCUCGCUCUGGGACCUGCUGCACUCUGAGUACGUGGGCCCCGACAGGCGGCGGGAGCUGGCCGCCCUCUGUCGGUCCGGACGGGCGGCAGCCCUGCGGCAGGUGGUCAGUGCUGUCACGGCCCUGGUGGAGGCCGCGGAGAAGCAGCCCCAGGAGGCCGCCUUCAGGGGGCUCCGGAAGCAGGUGUCGGCCAGGGACCUGUUCAGGUCCCAGCUGAUCGAUAAGAAGACCCUGGACGAGCUGAAGGAGGGGAAGAAGACGGUGCAGGAGGUGACCCAGAUGCGCAGUGUGCGGCAGUCCCUGGAAGGCGGCAACUUCAUUGCCGGGGUCCUCAUCCAGAGCACCCGGGAGAAGCUGAGCAUCCCCGAGGCCCUGAGGCGGCACAUCCUGCGGCCCGGCACGGCCCUGGUGCUGCUGGAGGCGCAGGCGGCCACCGGCUUCAUCAUCGACCCCGUGGAGAACCGAAAGCUGACCGUGGAGCAGGCCUUCGAGGCGGGGAUGUUCGGCAGGGAAACCUACAUGAAGCUGCUGUCGGCCGAGCGCGCCGUCACCGGCUACACCGACCCCUACACGGGCGAGCAGAUCUCGCUCUUCCAGGCCAUGCAGAAGGACCUGAUCGUGCGCGACCACGGCAUCCGGCUGCUGGAGGCGCAGAUCGCCACGGGCGGCAUCAUCGACCCGGUGCACAGCCACCGCCUGCCCGUGGGCGUGGCCUACGAGCGCGGCUACUUCGACGAGGAGAUGAACCGCGUGCUGCAGGACCCGAGCGACGACACCAAGGGCUUCUUCGACCCCAACACGCACGAGAACCUCACCUACCUGCAGCUGCUGGAGCGCUGCGUGCCCGACCCCGAGACCGGGCUGCACCUGCUACAGAUCGUGAAGAAGGGAGAAACCUACUCCUACAUCGACGAGGCCACCAGGCGGGCUCUGCUGUCCCGAACCCUGCCGGUGCGCGUGGGCAGGUUUGCCGGCCAGACGCUGUCCUUCUGGGACCUGCUGUCCUCUGUGUACUUCUCCGAGGAGAGGAAGCAGGAGCUUGUGCAGCAGUACAAGGCCCAGAGCCUGAGCCUGGAGCAGUUGCUGGAGAUCAUCACCGCCGUCAUAGAGGAGACGGAGACACAGAGCCAAGGCAUCACGGUGACAGCCCCGGGCGGGGAGGUGACGGCGGCAGAAUUAUUCAACGCCGGCAUCAUCGACAAAAAGACCCUGGACACACUUCGCAGUGGGGAGAGCGGCGAGCAGGCCGUCAGCAGCCUGGAGGGGGUGAAGAGCUUUCUGGAGGGCCGCGGCUGCAUUGCCGGGGUCACCGUCCCCAGCACCCAGGCCGUCCUGAGCUUCCAUGACGCCAGCAGGAAAGAGCUCAUCCCUGCAGGCAUCGCGGCUCAGCUGCUGGAGGCCCAGGUCGCCACCGGGUUCCUGCUGGACCCCUGCACCCACCAGAGGCUCUCCGUGGACGAGGCCCUGGCUGCCGGCCUGGUAGCACAAGAAUUGCGGGCGAGUCUCCUGAACGCCGAGCAGGCCGCCAAAGGCUACGUGGACCCGGACACCGGGGACACCAUCCCGCUGUUCCAGGCCAUGAAGAAGCAGCUGGUGCAGAAGGAGGAGGCCCUGAGGCUGCUGGAGGUGCAACUGGCCACAGGGGGUGUCCUGGACCCUCUGCACCACCACCGGCUCCCGCUGGACACAGCCUACAGGCGCGGCUGCCUGCAAGAGGACGUGUACCCGCUGGUGGCCGACCAGAAGCGCAUGAAGAAGAGGUUUGUGGACCCCAACACGCAGGAGAAAGUCACAUACCAGGAGCUGCAGGAGCGGUGCCGGACCCAGCAGGAGACGGGCUGGGCGCUGUUCCCUCUGGUCCAGGGCCCAGAGCACGCUGAGUACGUGGACGAGGCAACCAGGAGGGCUCUGCAGGAGGAGCAGCUGGACAUCACGGUGGGAAGGUACAGAGGCCAGAGGCGCUCCGUGUGGGAGCUGCUGAACUCCGAGUACGUGACCGAGGAGAGGAAGCAGGAGCUGGUGCGGCUGUACAGGACGCACACCGCGGAGGCGCUGGGCAGGGUCAGGGACGCCGUGCUGCAGCUGAUCCACGAGCAGGAGGCGGCCGGCCAGCAGCUGUGGUUCACAGGCAUCAGGAGGCAGGUCACCGCCGCGGAGCUGCUGGAGGCAGCCGUCAUCACCCAGGAGACGCUGCGGGAGCUGCAGGCCGGCACACGCACCGUGCAGCAGCUGCAGGACAGCGAGGCCCUGCGGCGCUACCUGCAGGGCACCGGCUGCAUCGCGGGCGUCCUGCUGCCGCCGUCCGGGGCCCGGCCCGGCGCCCCGCAGAAGAUGAGCAUCUACCAGGCCAUGCGCCAGGGCGUGCUGCGGCCCGGCACGGCCCUGGUGCUGCUGGAGGCGCAGGCGGCCACCGGCUUCGUCGUGGACCCGGCGCGCGGCCGCAGGCUGUCGGUGGAGGAGGCGGUGGCCGAGGGCGUGGUGGGCGGCGAGCUGCGGGAGAAGCUGCUGUCGGCCGAGCGCGCCGUCACCGGCUACACCGACCCCUACACGGGCGAGCAGAUCUCGCUCUUCCAGGCCAUGCAGAAGGACCUGAUCGUGCGCGACCACGGCAUCCGGCUGCUGGAGGCGCAGAUCGCCACCGGCGGCAUCAUCGACCCGGUGCACAGCCACCGCCUGCCCGUGGGCGUGGCCUACGAGCGCGGCUACUUCGACGAGGAGCUGAGCCGCGUGCUGGGGGACCCGGACGACGACACCAAGGGCUUCUUCGACCCCAACACGCACGAGAACCUCACCUACCUGCAGCUGCUGCGCCGCUGCGUGCCCGACCCCGACACCGGGCUGUACAUGCUGCAGCUGGCCGCCCGGGGCUCGGCCGUGCACCAGCUGAGCGAGGAGCUGCGCGGCGCCCUGCGCGACGCGCGCGUGACGCCCGCCGGGGGCGCCCUGCGCGGCCAGAGCCUGUCCGUGUGGGAGCUCCUGUUCUACCGCGAGGUGCCCGAGAGCCUGCGGCAGGACCUGCUGCGCAGGUACCAGGCGGGCGCGCUCACGGCGCAGGAGGUGGGCUCGGCGCUCAGCUCUCUGCCGGCCGGGCCCGACGCCGGGGGCCCCGGCUCGGACCCUCGUGGCGCCCUGCGAGCGGCCACCAUGGAGGUGAAGGUGGGCCGCCUGCGGGGGCCCGCGGUGCCCGUGCUGGACGUGUUGGAGUCCAGCUACGUGAGCGCGGCCGUGCGUGAGCACCUGAUGGCCCAGUUCGGCUCGGGGGCGCUGGCCUUGCCCGCGCUGACCCGCAGGCUGACCACCAUCAUCGAGGAGGCCGAGGAGGAGCCGGUGGGCGGCGGCGAGGGCGGCGAGCGCGGCGAGGGCGGCGAGCGCGGCGAGGGCGGCGAGCGCGGCUCGGGGCCUCCGGCCUCGCCCCCCAGCCGCAGCGACCAGGAACAGACCCUGCGCGCCGCCACCAUGGAGCUGCAGCGCGGGCAGUUCCGGGGCCGGCAGGUGUCCGUGUGGGAGGUGCUGUUCUCCGCCUACGUGAGCGAGGCCCGGCGGCGGGAGCUGCUGGCGCAGCACGCGGCCGGCACCCUGGGCCUGCCCGACCUGGUGGCCGCGCUGGUGCGGGCGGUGGAGGAGGCGGAGGAGCGGCUCAGCAAGGUGUCCUUCCGCGGGCUGCGGCGCCAGGUGUCCGCCGCCGAGCUGCGCGCCUCCGGCAUCCUGGGCCCCGACACGCUGCGGGAGCUGGCGCAGGGCACCAAGACCCCGCAGGAGGUGACGCAGAUGGACUCGGUCAGGCGCUACCUGCAGGGCACCGGCUGCAUCGCGGGCGUCCUGCUGCCGCCGUCCGGGGCCCGGCCCGGCGCCCCGCAGAAGAUGAGCAUCUACCAGGCCAUGCGCCAGGGCGUGCUGCGGCCCGGCACGGCCCUGGUGCUGCUGGAGGCGCAGGCGGCCACCGGCUUCGUCGUGGACCCGGCGCGCGGCCGCAGGCUGUCGGUGGAGGAGGCGGUGGCCGAGGGCGUGGUGGGCGGCGAGCUGCGGGAGAAGCUGCUGUCGGCCGAGCGCGCCGUCACCGGCUACACCGACCCCUACACGGGCGAGCAGAUCUCGCUCUUCCAGGCCAUGCAGAAGGACCUGAUCGUGCGCGACCACGGCAUCCGGCUGCUGGAGGCGCAGAUCGCCACCGGCGGCAUCAUCGACCCGGUGCACAGCCACCGCCUGCCCGUGGGCGUGGCCUACGAGCGCGGCUACUUCGACGAGGAGCUGAGCCGCGUGCUGGGGGACCCGGACGACGACACCAAGGGCUUCUUCGACCCCAACACGCACGAGAACCUCACCUACCUGCAGCUGCUGCGCCGCUGCGUGCCCGACCCCGACACCGGGCUGUACAUGCUGCAGCUGGCCGCCCGGGGCUCGGCCGUGCACCAGCUGAGCGAGGAGCUGCGCGGCGCCCUGCGCGACGCGCGCGUGACGCCCGCCGGGGGCGCCCUGCGCGGCCAGAGCCUGUCCGUGUGGGAGCUCCUGUUCUACCGCGAGGUGCCCGAGAGCCUGCGGCAGGACCUGCUGCGCAGGUACCAGGCGGGCGCGCUCACGGCGCAGGAGGUGGGCUCGGCGCUCAGCUCUCUGCCGGCCGGGCCCGACGCCGGGGGCCCCGGCUCGGACCCUCGUGGCGCCCUGCGAGCGGCCACCAUGGAGGUGAAGGUGGGCCGCCUGCGGGGGCCCGCGGUGCCCGUGCUGGACGUGUUGGAGUCCAGCUACGUGAGCGCGGCCGUGCGUGAGCACCUGAUGGCCCAGUUCGGCUCGGGGGCGCUGGCCUUGCCCGCGCUGACCCGCAGGCUGACCACCAUCAUCGAGGAGGCCGAGGAGGAGCCGGUGGGCGGCGGCGAGGGCGGCGAGCGCGGCGAGGGCGGCGAGCGCGGCGAGGGCGGCGAGCGCGGCGAGGGCGGCGAGCGCGGCUCGGGGCCUCCGGCCUCGCCCCCCAGCCGCAGCGACCAGGAACAGACCCUGCGCGCCGCCACCAUGGAGCUGCAGCGCGGGCAGUUCCGGGGCCGGCAGGUGUCCGUGUGGGAGGUGCUGUUCUCCGCCUACGUGAGCGAGGCCCGGCGGCGGGAGCUGCUGGCGCAGCACGCGGCCGGCACCCUGGGCCUGCCCGACCUGGUGGCCGCGCUGGUGCGGGCGGUGGAGGAGGCGGAGGAGCGGCUCAGCAAGGUGUCCUUCCGCGGGCUGCGGCGCCAGGUGUCCGCCGCCGAGCUGCGCGCCUCCGGCAUCCUGGGCCCCGACACGCUGCGGGAGCUGGCGCAGGGCACCAAGACCCCGCAGGAGGUGACGCAGAUGGACUCGGUCAGGCGCUACCUGCAGGGCACCGGCUGCAUCGCGGGCGUCCUGCUGCCGCCGUCCGGGGCCCGGCCCGGCGCCCCGCAGAAGAUGAGCAUCUACCAGGCCAUGCGCCAGGGCGUGCUGCGGCCCGGCACGGCCCUGGUGCUGCUGGAGGCGCAGGCGGCCACCGGCUUCGUCGUGGACCCGGCGCGCGGCCGCAGGCUGUCGGUGGAGGAGGCGGUGGCCGAGGGCGUGGUGGGCGGCGAGCUGCGGGAGAAGCUGCUGUCGGCCGAGCGCGCCGUCACCGGCUACACCGACCCCUACACGGGCGAGCAGAUCUCGCUCUUCCAGGCCAUGCAGAAGGACCUGAUCGUGCGCGACCACGGCAUCCGGCUGCUGGAGGCGCAGAUCGCCACGGGCGGCGUCAUCGACCCGGUGCACAGCCACCGCCUGCCGGUGGGCGUGGCCUACGAGCGCGGCUACUUCGACGAGGAGAUGAACCGCGUGCUGCAGGACCCGAGCGACGACACCAAGGGCUUCUUCGACCCCAACACGCACGAGAACCUCACCUACCUGCAGCUGCUGGAGCGCUGCGUGCCCGACCCCGACACCGGGCUGCUGUUUCUGGCCCUGGCCCUGGCGUGAGUGCGCGUGGGUUCCCUCACCACCUGCUUCGGCUUUCUCCUCAUUUUGCCUCGGUGUCCCUGCCGUCUUGUGUGUCUUUUUUUCCCUUGUACCUUUUCCGUAGUUUGCCUGUUUUCAUUUCUCCUAUAGUGUCCUGGCUCCCUUGGCCUGUUUGGAGCUCUGUUUUGUCCUGGCUGGCCUCAUCUUCAUUUGGAGCAUUUUGCAAAACGACGUUCGUGCAUACAAUAAAGUUUGU